GGGUUUCACAGGCACUUUUUUCCAGCUCUACUCUGAGUUUCUGUGCAGACAGUGAAGCACCUAACAGGAUCAUCAUGGAGUUUAUUCAUCACAUGAGCCUUUGAAAAAGAAACCUGUUUUUCUCUGCUUUUACACUCAGAUUUCUUUUCUUUCUUUUUUUUUUUUUUUCAUUUUACUUGCUGCUAUUUAGUUCUGUUGCAUUUAUGAAGUCUGAAAACCUGGUGAUCAUUUAAAAAGAAGCAUGCUGUGAGAUUCUGGUGUAUUCUAUGUGAAGCUGAUCUAAGUGAGAACUGUUUUAAGGAAAUGAAGGCUCAAAAGGCAGUCAUUCACAAAAACAUCAAGCGCUAGAGGGACGUGAAGGCUUCAGAAGUGUGUGAUCUCGCGGGCAUCAUGGGCUCUUCGUGCGUUGGGCUGAUGCUGAUGCUCCUGGUCAGUUUUCGGGGCUCCGGCGGUGUUUGUCCGCGGCAGUGCGCCUGCUCUGUUCCUGCUGAAGUGCACUGCACCUUCCGUUCACUCGUGGCCGUUCCCACAGGCAUCUCCAAACAAGUCCAGCGCAUCAACUUUGGGUUUAACACUAUAAAUCACAUCACAGACGUCUCCUUUGCUGGCCUUGGAAAACUAGAGCUGCUCAUGAUGCACGGCAACAACGUGGAAAAAAUACCAGAUGCUGCUUUUCAGGAUCUUGUUUCUUUACAGGUUUUAAAAAUGAACUACAACAAACUGAGAGUCAUUACCGGUCACACCUUCUCUGGUUUGACGGCCCUUAUUAGACUCCAUCUGGACCACAACCGCAUCGAGUUCAUCCACCCGGACGCGUUCAGUGGGCUGACCUCACUGCGUGAAACUAGUCUGCUCCAUCUAGAGGCCAACAAUCUGCAAAAGCUCCAUCCUGCUACUUUCAGCACGUUCUCGCUGCUGCAGCAGCGUUUCCCCGUCUCCACCCUGAAGCAUCUGUACCUCUCUGAAAACCUCCUCAGCUCGAUGCCCAGAAACAUGCUGGAGAGCAUGCCACAGCUGGAGAACCUCUUCUUAUACGGAAACCCGUGGAGCUGCGACUGCCGGAUGAGCUGGUUACAGGACUGGAGCGCACGACAUCCAGGGGUGAUGAAAUGCAAAAAGGACAGAUCAUUUUCCAGCGGUCAGCUCUGUCCACUGUGUGCAUCUCCUAAACACCUAAAAGGACAAGAUAUCUCAGAUCUCAGAAAGUUCAUCUGCACUGGACCAGCUAUCAGCUAUACAGGAAAGAACGUCUCACAUGAGGACAACAUGAGUGAACUUCUGCCCAUCGACAGGAUCAAACCACCUUUUGGAAACCUCUCCCUCGGUUUAUCCGACGAGCAUGGGACUAAAGUGGAUUUGAUCUGCCAAAUACUUGAACCAAGAGAUUCUCCUAAAAUCAGUUGGAAUUAUACAAAAUCUCUGGAGAUCGCUGCUAACGUGACUCUCUUCUUUGACCUGGAAUGUCCUGUGGACAGAGACGACUAUGAAAGCUUUUGGAGGCUUCUUGCAUACUACAGUGAAGUGCCUGUGCAUCUGCGAAGGGAAAUCAUGCUAAGCAGAGAGCCGGAGCUGAGCUACAGAUACAGACAGGACAUUGAAAAGGAUGCUUACUUUUAUACUGGUGUUCGAGCCAGUGUUUUAGCCCGUCCAUCAUGGCUCAUGCAGUCUUUCAUGAACAUCAAGUUAAACAGGCCUUAUUCCUCUUCUAAGAGUGUGAGACUUAUUCUUAAUACUCAUUUGACUACCACCACAGACAUGGAGCCCAUCAGAUCUUGGGUCAUGAUUGAGCAUGACAAUAAAACCCAGACAAGCUUCAGUUCUGUUGUGGGUGGUACGGUUGAAAUGGACUGCCGUGUGCAAAGCUCAGGAAAUGCUGCUGUUCACUGGAUGGCACCCGAUGGGUCAAAGAUUAAAGCUGCAUUUAGCUCGACCGACAAAAGAGUGACUGUUUCUAGCAGUGGCAAACUUCACAUUAAAUCUGUUGAGCACAGAGACUCUGGAGUUUAUUAUUGCGUUGCUGAGGUUGCAGGAGAUAUCGAUGUUCUGCCUUUCCGUUUAUCCGUUAUAGAGUCCUCAACCCCGCUUCCUGAAGAAGUUGGAAUUGCUUUAACAAAGUUUGUUGGCGAGUCUGCAUCUUUGCCCUGUCUUACUACGGCGACUCCAGAUGCUGUGGUGAAUUGGAUAUUUCCAGAUGGCAGUGUACUGAAUGACAAAGCCCAAUACGUCCAGGGCUUUAGUCUUUUACAAUGGGACUUGUUCAUUCCGUCUAGUCAACUUAACAAUAAUGGAUAUCACAAAUGUGUCGCCAUGAACCAGCAUGGUGUGGAUGUACUGGCUACUAAACUAACUGUUAUGAGGCGGAAAGGAAUCCAACCUCUUCGACAGUAUCCCUUCAGACCGCAGUCUGCCGCAGGAGUGUCCACUAAGGUAAAAGCCUUUUUGGAGGAUGCUGAAGAAGCUUCUGGAGAUGAAACUCAUGAAAGAAUAGUACCAAACAGAAGCUUAAAUCGAAGGAGGGGUCCAAAUGCAAGAACACGCAAGGGACGUUCUUUUGGCAACAGCCGCCAGAGGCGACCCUUUAGAAAGGGCAUGCAUGGACAACCAAACAGAACUGGCUUAACAAACCAAAGAACUGUAAUACCAGGAACAAAAAUAGACCCUCAGAAAUGGGCUGUUCUUUUGGCCAAAAUCCGUGAAAAAACCUCUCCAAAGAACUCAUCAGUUAACAUUGUCCAGCAUGGCACAGAAGAGAAAAGUGUACAGAUGAUGAAUGUAGAUCAUCCAGGGUCGACUGACAACAUUGAGAGUUCUUCUGGUGACUCCGGUCCACAGGAAGAAUCAAACACUUUCAGCACUCCACACCAAACGGAUGUUUACCAUACGCGUGCAAUUACACCUCAUACUGAGGGGCAAAAUAAUAACAUGUAUCUAACGGCUCCUCCAGAAUUACAAACUAGCUCAGACGAGGUGCCUUACAUCUCAAAUCCCACAUCUGGACCCCAUUAUGUUAUGACAGAGGUGAACGUUAUAGAAAGAGGGCAUGUGAGCACCAUAAGUGCAGAAAAUAACCAAGUAUAUUCCCGGUCUGUCAUCAAACCGGAGUCUGAGAAAGAAAAUGAGCUUAAUUUCUCCGGAAAGACUGGCGUCCAGUCGCAGAUUGGGGGUUUUGGUUCUGGACUCCCUGACAGCACUUCGUUUGCAACCACAUCAACCGGCAGCAUUACCCCGCAUGCUCCAACAAGUUCAGCGCGCUCGAGAGCAAAAGAUCACUGAUUCAGGCGAAGAUUUGAAAGUAGACGACGAAUAAAAUUAAGACGGCCAUUCUCAAAGCUUCCUACAAGAAGACCAUGGUCAACAUCUACAGUUGUAGGAGUUCACGGCAGAUUGAUCCAUUCAACUUCUACAACCAAUGCUCUUAUUUAUUCCUCAAAUCCAGCUGAAAGCAUGUCAGUCCAAUCAACUCUCCCAGCAACUGCUCAUAUUUACUCCACAACCGUAGCUGGAAGCACGUCGGAAUUUCCGAGUACUACUUCCAUUAAUCCUACUGUGCCAAGGGAUUUACCAAAUGCCGUCAAUGAGGAAGAUACCAUCUCCCUCCCUGUGACUCAGAAAUCCCCAAAGUGAAGGCAAAACAAUUUCUUCCAAAUUCAAGAGAUGACAAACUCCAAAAGCCCCUACACGUCUCACCCCACGAGCACAACAUCAGGGCUUGAAAAUGAAGACAUCCAUUAUUUUGAGCAGGAAGAGGACGGAAGCAUUGCACCUGCAGAAGAGAUGGAUGAGUACUUGGUUCCCACGAGUGUAGAUCCAACAUCUCGACCUGGCUUUGAAACAGUGCCACUGACAGCUGCUCGGCAGGAGUUCACAGGCAAGCUUUCAACAGCGUUACCAAAGGCCAACAAAGAGAUUCAUCCAACAGAGAUCAGCUUCACUUUGGACACAGACAGGCUGGAUGUCUUCCACUUACCUGAAUCACACUUUAGCAAUGUUCAAAGAGAGAACGAUAUGUUGGAAAUAAGUUAUACAGAAGAAUCUGUAGUCACCUCCAUGCCACAACCCCAAGACUACCCACGUUCACAACCAAAUGAAAGCUUUAAAGAAGAAGAAUCCAAUCGCAACCAAUUAUCUUUUCCCUCAACACCAGAGACUCUUACAGAAUCCAUAAUAUCUGUUGGGACACAAACCAAGCCUUCAGCCACAAGUUCACCACCUCAAACCAAUGAGAUUUACUUCCUACAACCAAACUCUAUUUCUAAGCAAGACCAAAGAGAAAGGAUAGUCCAGGAACUUGAUGAACCUUUGAUUGUUCCUUCAACAUCACUGAGUACUCUGCCUACAAUUACAUUUUCAGUAACUACAGCCAUAAUUCCCAUUACAACCCAACUCAUUGGAACAACAACACCAUCUACUACACUGUCGACAGCUGCUACUACUAGUACACCUGCUCUAAAGUUAACACCCAGUUUACCCUUACCAGACAAUAGAAUCCCAUUUUACUCAAGGGAUCCUGGAACGAACUACAUUAUUCCAGGCGCAGGGGAAUUUCCCAGCACUAACCACAGGUAUCCGCACUAUCACCGUAAAAAUCCCUCUGUGAACAUUAGACCUAAUAUUAUCAGAACCCCUUACGUCACCACUUCAGCUAUGGAAUUAAACCAUCUCAACAACAUCAGAUCAACUACAACACCUAAGAUUUUGACUGCUCAAUCUGCCACCUCGAGUCACACAACUGCGUCAAGCACCACGCAGCCAAACAACAAAAUUCAGAUCGAUGAACCAAUCAACAGACAAUCGAGUGCAGUUCUGCUUUCUCAAGGACCACAAACUCUUCCUGCCCACCAAAUGAGACCCAGGAUCACUGCUGCCAAACUCCUCACAGUCACUGUGAAUGCUGGGGACAGAUGUGCGGGUUACCAUGUGAUUCUGUGGGGGGAGCCGAAACCCCUCCUGACCUGGACUAAAAUUUCCACAGGAGCCGUCAUGUCAGCCAAUACCAGAGUCCAGCGGUUUGAGGUCCAGUCCAAUGGGACGUUUGUCAUCCACAACAUCCAGCUUCAGGACCGUGGGCAGUAUCUGUGCAGCGCUCGUAAUCCACACGGCAUUGAUAAGAUGAUGGUGACCCUUGUGGUUUUGGCCCAUGCACCCAAGAUGAUGCUUUCCCGUCAUAAAGAUAUGACAGUAUAUCUCGGAAACAGUGCACUCUUGGAAUGCCAAGCACAAGGCCUCCCCGUCCCAAACAUCAGCUGGGUGCUUCCGGAUCGAUCUGUGGUGCGAGCCGUUAGUAACAGCCAACAGAAGGUCGUGCUCUUCACCAAUGGAACGCUUCAAGUCAAAAACACCAAUUACCUGGACAAAGGCAUCUACAAAUGCAUAGCGAGCAACGCCGCUGGAGCCGACAUGCUUUCCGUGAGGCUCCAAAUUGCAGCCUUGCCUCCCACAAUCCAAGAGCAGCUCCGGGAGAACCACACCAUCUAUGAUGGCCAAUCAGCUUUCAUACACUGCACCGCUAAAGGCACUCCCGGUCCGACCAUCCGCUGGGUCACGUUCACCGGCGCACAGCUUCGCCCCUCACAGUUCGUCAAUGGCAAUUUGUUAGUUUUCCCCAACGGGACACUGUUUAUUCGUAACCCUACAGUGAAGGAUUCUGGGAAUUAUGAAUGCGUGGCUGUGAAUUCGGUGGGAGUUGCUAAAAGGACUGUGAAUCUGCAGGUGAAGAGGAGCUCCACUACAGCCAGAAUCAUGUCCACUUCUGCACACAGUACUGAUGUCCGCUACGGAGGACAGUUGAGUCUCAACUGUUCGGCCACUGGAAGCCCCAAUCCCAGGAUCAUCUGGAGGACCCCGUCCAAAAAACUGGUUGAUGCGUAUUACAGCUUUGAUCGCAGAAUGAAAGUGUUCGGCAAUGGCACGCUUACCAUCACAUCAGUGACCGAAAAGGAUGAGGGUGACUAUCUCUGUGUGGCCAGAAACAAAAUGGGCGAUGACUACGUUCUCCUUAAAGUCAACGUGAUGAUGAAAGCGGCUAAAAUCGACCACAAGUCACUGAGUGAUCACAAGGUGUCAUACGGAGGAGAACUGAAAGUGGACUGCAUCGCUUCAGGUCUUCCCAACCCAGAAAUCACGUGGAGCCUUCCGGAUGGUACCAUGGUAAAUGGCAUCCCACAAUCUGAUCACAACUGGGUCCACACCAAGAGAUACGUGAUGUUUGAUAAUGGUACGCUGUAUUUAAAUGAAGUUGGAAUGAAGGAGGAAGGUGACUACACGUGUUACGCUGAGAAUCGGAUUGGGAAAGAUGAAAUGAAGGUUCAUAUCAAGGUGGUGGCGGAUGCACCGAUCAUCCGAAACAACGUUUACAGUGUCGUCAAAGUUCAUUUUGGGGAAACCGUCGUCCUCAAUUGCAGCGCCAAAGGAGAACCGACUCCUACCAUCACAUGGACAUCUCCGGCUCAUCGCGCCAUAGUGCCAUUAUCCAACAAGUACCACAUCGCCAACGAUGGCACUUUGCACAUUCAAAAAAUCCAGAGGUUUGAUUCUGGAAAUUAUACUUGCUCAGCCAGGAACGUUGCAGGAAUUGACAAGAAAGUUAUCCACAUUGAAGUCCUUGUGUCAACACCGGUCAUCAAUGGAUUAGAGAGUCAAGGGGUCAUCCGUAAAACUGUUAUGAAGGAUCAGCGUGUGCUUUUAGACUGCAAUGCAAAUGGAAACCCGGUUCCAAGGAUCAUGUGGGUGUUUCCCAACAACAUUGUGCUUCCUGCACCAUACUACGGCUCGAGGAUUACGGUCCAUCGCAAUGGCACACUGGACAUUCACGCGGUGCGGAUAAGCGAUUCUGUCGCACUUCUUUGCAUUGCACGCAAUGAAGGAGGAGAAGCCAAACUCCAGGUUCAACUUGAGGUGACUGAAGGUGUUGAAAAGCCACGGUUAAGAAGUUCUCCUACCGAGUCCAUCCAACUCACCAAUGGGAUAUUAAGUCUAAACUGUUCCAUAGAAGGAAAACCAAUGCCGGAGAUCACUUGGAUUCUCCCCAAUGGCACAUCUCUUCUUAGGGGAACCAGUGUUUUCCGUUUCCAUCAUCAACUUGAUGGGACAUUGGUCAUUAGAGACCCAUCGAUUUUAGAGGUUGGACGGUAUCGCUGCAUUGGACGCAACAGUGCCGGAUAUGUAGAGCGAACCGUGACGUUGGAGUCCAACAGAAAACCAGAAAUCACCAACAAGUACAGCUCGCUUGUCAGCAUCAUAAACGGCGAGAAUCUGCAUCUUAACUGUUUGUCCGGUGGUCACCCAUUGCCCAGACUUACCUGGACUCUACCGAAUGGAGUCAUCCUAACCAGGCCGCAGACAACCGGACGAUAUUCGGUCCUAAACAACGGCACUCUUAUUGUCCAGAGGACGUCUGUGUACGAUAGAGGGAUGUACCUCUGCCAAACUACUAAUGAACAUGGAUCGUCCAGCCUGUCGGUUUCGGUAAUAGUAAUUGCGUAUCCGCCACGUAUAACCAAAGGGCCCUCGCCGGUGACUUACACCAGUCCAGGUGUGGCGGUUCAGUUAAACUGCAUUCCUCUCGCUACGCCUAAAGCCGAGGUGGUUUGGGAAAUGCCUGAUGGUCUUCAGCUGAAGGUCGGCAUCCAGCCGCGUCUUUAUGGAAACAAGUAUCUCCAUCCUCAAGGUUCACUGGUCAUUCAGAACCCUUCCAGCAGAGACAAUGGCAUCUACAAGUGCACUGCCAAAAAUGUGGUUGGUAGCGACAGCAGAUCAACUUACGUGUAUGUGUUUUAAUGCAAACUCACUUUAUGGACAAGCCCGAAGAACUGCAUUAGACUGUCCAUACAAAAAUAUGAACACUUUCUACUGACUCUUGUAAAUAUGAAAGCGUGAUAUUUUAAUCCACUUCAAAUGAAGCAACUCUGGAGACUCGCUAACAGAUAUCCAUUAAUGCUCUUGGGAAGUAAACCGAUAAUCAGGCCCACAUGGAAUUUGCACCAAUAAAACUGUCUGCAAAAUUCACUAAACUCUAUACAUGCUUGUUUGUCUAUUUAAUAUUUUGGCUAUUUUGAUUGUGAUUUUAGUCGUCGAGAAGCAUUAGCUCCGUUUAACACAUUUUACCAUGAUUAAAUUAAUUGGGGAUGCUUUACAAUAAGGUUCAGUUUGCUAACUACAUUAGUGAGCAUCAGCUAAGAUUAAUAUAUGAUUUAGAAUUAUUGGUAACACUUUACAAUAAGGUGUCAUUUGUUAACAUUGAUGUAUCAACUAAAAUGAACUUACAAUGAAAAUCACAUUUGGCACAAUAUUUAUUAAUUUUUGAUAAUGUUAGGUAUACAGUUAUUCAUUGUUAGUUCACAGUGCAUUAACUAAUGUUAACAAAUACAACCUUUAAUUUUAAUAAUGUAUUAGUAAAUGCUAAAAUGAACAUUAAGGUCAAUAAAUGUUGUAGAAGAAUUGUUCAUGCUUAUUUCAUGUUAACUAAUACAGUUAAUUAAUGUUAACUAAUGAACCUUAUUGUAAAGUGUUACCAAGUUAUUUUUUUUAUUGUUAGUUGAAGUUAAUUUCAUAACUUACUAAUACAUUAUUAAAAUCAAAAGUUAUAUCUGUUAAUAUUAUUUAAUGGACCUGAACUAACAUGAACUUACAGUGCACAAUUGUAUUAACUAACAACAAAUAUGAAUAAACACUGUAACAAAU